UUGAUUCCUCGGCUUCUUAUAUUACUGUUCUGUUUCUUCUUCUCAGCUCAUAAAACAUGUCUGCAAACGGUGUUUCCGGCGGUGUUCCCAAGAGGGCUUACGUUACUUUCUUGGCCGGCAAUGGUGAUUACGUGAAAGGUGUUGUCGGUUUAGCCAAGGGCUUGAGGCAUGUCAAGUCUUUGUACCCUUUGGUGGUUGCUGUUCUGCCUGAUGUUCCCCGAGACCACCGCGAGAUCCUCUGCUCACAGGGCUGUAUCGUUCGUGAGAUCGAGCCGGUGUAUCCGCCGAAGAAUCAGAUACAGUUUGCCAUGGCUUACUAUGUCAUCAACUAUUCCAAACUUCGUAUUUGGGAGUUUGUGGAGUAUGAGAAGAUGAUAUACUUGGACGGCGAUAUUCAAGUGUUCGGCAAUAUCGAUCACCUUUUCGAGCUAGAGGAUGGCUAUUUCUAUGCCGUCAUGGACUGCUUCUGUGAGAAAACAUGGUCCAGUUCUCCUCAGUACACGAUCGGAUAUUGCCAGCAAUGCCCCGAUAAGGUUGAGUGGCCGGUGUCGAUGGGGUCGCCUCCGCCGCUCUAUUUCAAUGCUGGAAUGUUCGUCUACCAGCCUGAUCUUGGUACUUACUGCCGCCUCUUAGACAUCCUCAGAGUCACUGCUCCUACUUCCUUUGCUGAGCAGGACUUCCUGAAUAUGUUCUUCAGGGAGAUUUACAAGCCGAUCCCUCCUGUUUACAACCUCGUCUUGGCUCUUCUUUGGCGCCACCCCGAAAAUAUAGACCUCGGCAAAGUCAAGGUCGUCCAUUAUUGUGCUGCGGGAUCAAAGCCAUGGAGGCACACAGGGAAGGAAGAAAACAUGGAGAGAGAGGACAUAAAGAUGUUGGUGAAGAAAUGGUGGGAGAUUUACGAAGAUGAAUCUCUGGAUUACAAGGGAUCCGCCAUUGAUGAACCAACAAAGCUCGGCUCCAUGAUCUCUAAACUUAACAAAGACGAUGUUGUCGGAAACGAGAGGAAAGCUCCAUCUGCAGCUUGAACAAGUCAUAUUAAUCCAUUACUUAUUGUUAUGCUAUU